AUGUCUGCUAUCACAUACCCCUCCAAAGGUACCACCAACACCACCACCACCGCCGCCGCCGCCGCCGCCGCCGCCACCACCACCACUACUGUCACCACUACUACUACUACUGGUACUGCUGCUAAUACUAUUGUCUCCAACAUCGGUAUUAAUGGCACACGAGGCAAGACAGUCCAGACCUGUCUCUGCUUUAACAGCGUCAGCUACACCGUCGAGGACGACGGUGUCAACCCUGUGCCUCAAAGCAUGGUAGGUGCAGGACGGUGAUUUGUGCGUGGACUAGUCUAUAGCGGUAGCAGACCUACAUAGCAUCCGCCUCACUCUCUCCUCCCUCAACCUCUUGAGUCAAGACUAGAUCAGGACAGCCAGAGAAUGAGUCGAGGGGAGCGGCCGGCAAAGCUAAAUAGCCCGUCCGUCUACGUGUGUCGCACACACGCCUGCUUCACGCACGAUGGAUCAGGUUUACUCAGAAGCAAGGGAGCGGCUCAGAUCCUACCAGAUUGUGAAUGCCAGAUAGGCUACAUUAAGGAGCCAUCGUAGCCUGAAUCCCUGCCCUAAGAGGACCGAAUUAUCCUCUUGAUAGCCCUCCAGGCCACGACUUUCAGCACGUCGUGGUAGAUGCAAAGUCUGUCUGCGUAUUCAUAGUGGGAAAUGCGCUGAAGUGCCAUGAGGGCGGAGUCCCUCGAGUCGACUUCACUCCAACUUCCCGCACCUAGGCACAAGUGGACGUCACUGAUCGCAACGGUCGAACAGUCAUCAUGUCCCUCCUGCGCAGUCGCCUGAAUGUCUCUAGUUAUUUCAGCCAACAGUAG